AUGAAUCUCGAUCUGAACUAUCUGAACGACUUAGAAGGAAUAGACAAUAUUUUGAUUGAGGAGAUAGAAAAAGAAAAAGAUAAAGUAAACAGAGGAGAUAAAAGAAAAUUCGAUAUAUACGAUGAAUACGAAUUACUGUUAAAUAAAAAGAAAAAGAAGAAAAAAGGAAAUAUAAAUAACAGUGAGAUAAUAAAAAAAGGUACUGAUGUAAAUAAUACAGAACAGAGUGCAAGUAGCAACUGCUUAUAUGAUAGGGUAUUUAAUAACUACUACAUUUUUAAUGAUUAUAAUUUUUUAAAAGAGUACGUGUACAGAAAUAAUUUAAGGAGUGAUGAUAUAUUUUUUAAAAAAGAACAAAUAGAUAUAAAGAAUAAAAGGGAAGUAAAGAAAAUGCUAAUGUCCAAUGAAGAUAUAGAUGAAUACAUAAAAAUUUACGACGCGAAUAAUAUGUACCCCCCUAUGUAUGUGAAAAAAAGGAUAGAGGAAAAUGGUAGAGGUAAAGCAAAAGUAGAGGCCGAGGUGGAAAAGACAAAUGAACAAUCAACAAAGGAACAAGUUAGACAAAAUGAUGAAACCAUGUUUUUCAAACAUGGAAUACUAAGAGGAAACAAUAAAGAAUUUAGAAAAAUGAUUGAAAGGGUACUGUUAGAAAUUAAAGAAGAGGAAAAUGUAAAAGCGGAAAGGAAAAAAAGGGAUGAGCAAUACAAGCAACGGAACAAUGACGGAGGGGAGGGAUCAAUUAAUCCCUUUGUCCAGGUAGAACAGGAUAGAAGCUCAGAAGCAGCAAAAUUAGAGGGAGAGCAGGGGGUAAACGGAAAACGCGUAAAUGUGGUCUAUAAACGUGCGCAUGGAGUCGAUAAAUGUACCAAUUUUGUUGAAAAAUACAGGGCAAGGUUCUUCUCUGAGUUGUUGACAGAGGAAUCCAUCAAUAGAGAAGUGCUCCUAUGGCUAAAGCAGUGGAGUGAUAGAAUAAAAAAAGAAAGAAAUAUGAGCAGUCAGAAUAAUGAAAUAAAAGAGGAGAGUGAAAAGAAAAAUAUGGAUUUUCACAGAAUAUUAUUACUAGGUGGGUCCGCUGGAAAAGGCAAAACAACAUUAGCAUAUGUCAUAUCAAAUCAUUUUAAAUUCAACAUCAUCGAAAUAAAUGGUAGUGAUGAUAGAAACAAAGAAACACUUAUUCCAUUUAUAGAAUCAAUUGUGUGUAACAAUUCAAUUGGAGGAAAUCCUAAUAUCUGUAUUAUUGAUGAAAUAGAUGGGUUGUCUAGUACAUACCAGAAUAUAGAUAGCAUAAUGAAAUUUUUAAAUAAAAAAGAUAAAAAAAAUAGGAGCAUUAUUAGAAGACCAAUUAUAUGUAUUUGUAACGAUAUAUAUCAUAAAAGUUUAAAGGAACUUCGAAAAAUUAGCAAAGUUGUUAUUGUAGAGAAUUUAAAUAUAGAGAUGUUGAAAAGUAGAAUUACUCAUAUUUGUGAUAAAGAAUAUAUUAAAAUAAGUAAUGAAGCGGUUAAUAAGCUAAUUGAUAUAUACAAAGGGGAUAUAAGGGCAAUUCUGAAUACCAUUUAUUUUCUUAGCAUAGGUUCUAGAAACAUGUCUGCCGACAGUUACAGCGGUGAAACGUCCAGAGCGCCGUGCGCUUCUAUACAUAGGGGGGAACCCAGUGCUACAAAAAAAUAUGUUCGUGAUAGUAAUGAAAAUAAUAUUAGCGGUAAUAUUAGCGGUGAUAUUAGCGGUAAUAUUAGCGGUAUCGCUAGUGGUAAUGCUAGUGGCAAUGUUAGCGGCAGUGUUAGAGGCAAUAUUAGUGGUAGUAAUAAUAGGAGCAACUCCUCAGACGCACGCAACCACCAAUCUAACUUGUCAAGCGGAAGGGGGGCCUUUGCCUACACUGAUGACUACGAUAGGUACCAUCGCGAAAUGGAUGGAGAGGAGGAAAACCGCGUGAAGAAAAGGGGAAAGAACAAAGUAGUGAGCAUAAGCUUAGAGCUUCUUAACUCAUAUUUGUUUUAUAAAGACGCGAAUAAUAAUUACAUUGAAUUGUUGAACAUGAUAUAUGUAAAAAAUAAAAACAAAAAAAUUAUAAGUAAAUUACUAAAAGAUUGUCAUAAUUUUUUUUAUAUUAAUCUAGCGAAUGAAUAUAAUUAUGUACAAACAUAUUAUUACAUAUAUGAUAAUCUGUUAAAUAUUCCUUUUAAUGAUUAUGAUUUUUGUAAAUUAAGUUACUGCCUUGAUUUCUUAUCUUUCUGUGAUAAUAUGGAAUAUAAACAGAAACAAGUUCUCAAUUAUUCUAUGCAAAAAACUCUUUAUUUUGUAGUUUUUUUAUUUAUAAUUAUUAUAAAUUUAAAUACGAAUUCACAUAUCCAUUAUGUGUUAAUACAUAACAGUCAUAGUAAUUAUUAUAGGAAAAGACAAAUGGAUGUCAAACAGAUGAAAGAGAAUUUUAUUAAUGAAAAGUUUGCAGUCAUCACUUAUAAAUAUGUAUAUUCAAAGCAUUUUUAUUAUGAAAUUUUAAAUUAUAUUUUUUCUUUUUUUUACAUGAAUGAUUUUUUUUUUAAAAAUGUACAUCUAUGGGGAAAGCAGAGUUAUUAUAGAGAUCUUAAUCUACCCAAAUAUAUUUUGGUCCCAUAUGAAUAUAAAGAUAAAGAUGCCAAUAAGUUAAAACUAUUUUGUGUUAAAAUUUUAUACAUGAUGACAUUGUUUAAUAUAUCCUUUACGAGUUUAUCUCUUUCGUCUAGUAUGGCACCUUACUAUGGUACCUCCUAUCCCUCAAGAAGUUCUGUUCAAGGUGCAUACCACAGUAGAAGCAGCUUGAAUAGUGGGAGUAACGCGAACAGUGGGAAUAAUAUAAAUAAUGGGAGUAGUGCAAAUAAUGGGAGUAGUGCAAACAAUAGGAGUAAUACAAAUAAUGGGAGUAAUGCAAACAUUGGGAAUAAUGCAAACAUUGGGAAUAAUGCAAACAUUGGGAAUAAUGCAAACAUUGGGAGUAAUGCAAACAUUGGGAGUAAUGCAAACAUUGGGAAUAAUGCAAACAUUGGGAGGAAUGCAAAUAGUGGGAACAAUGCGAACAGCACCGCGUUCCAGAGCGAAAAACGUAGUAACAACAAUUUUUUGAACAACUACUCUUUUGAGAAGGUUUACGUAUUUGAUCCCUGUGUUGAGGACCUCCUAAUUUAUGCAGAAAAAAAAACGAAUCUAUUUCCAUCUUUUCAAAGUUUGCAGAAACAAACUCUAACGAAUAUAACAACGACUGCAUUUCAAUUUGAGACGAAAAAAAGUUUGUUAACAGCGAAUGUAUGUGAAAGGUUGAAUGAGUUGAAAAAGUGGGUAAACAACAAUUCCAUAAAUUUCAAUGAAAAAAAAAAAAAUAUUCAUCAAAUGCAAAUUGUUAAGGCUUCAUCACUGGCAGCAUCGUCAAUGGCAAUAUCGACGCGGGUCAAUAAGAAGUCCAUCUUUGAUGUAAGUUAUGCUCCAAAUUUUAAAGUAUCUCUAAGUGAUAUGAUCCUAAUUGCACAUCAGAGUGGAUAUGAACAAGCAUUCCAAACCUAUUUUCUAGAUGAACCAUCCCAAAGCAAGAAUGAACAAAAUAACGAUACAAAAACAGAAAAGGGAAAAAACAAACUAAAACUUGAUCAAAAUAUUUUAAAAACAAAAAUUCUACACAACAGAGAUGUAUCUACUCUUACCAUGUGUGAACUUAUUAACGAGGAAAAGAAAUAUAUGGAGCGAAUAAUAAAUAAAGAAAAAAAGAUUUAUUUUUCUGGCAAAUAUGUUAAAACAAAGGGUUAUUACAAAAACAUCGAGGAACGCUGUAAUGCAGUCUUGCAGCCCCUAAAUUUUUGCGUUUUACAGAGUGGCUAG